AUGGCGUCUGCGCAUCGGUGCCCGACACUCUUCUCUCCGUCCCCCACCCCGCCCCCAAACAGGCCGCCCCCCGGCGCGCGUGGCGCCCACCAGCGCAAGCCGCCGCCAGCGCUGCUGAGCGGGGCCGGGGAGGAGAAGCUCAAGCGCCUGUUUGAGGGGCUGUGCGCGGACAAGCACAACCUGGAGCGGCUCACCGAGGCGCUGGGCGCAUCGCUGAGCACCAAGCAAGUCGCGAGGGAGCUAAGGCGUUUGGGCCUCAAGUUCGGGUCCCUGCCGGCCUGGCUGGCGCCGCGGCUCGCCGAGCUGUGGGUGGCGGCCAGGGGCAAGGGCGGCAAGGGGGAGGACCUGGAGGAAGUCGCGCGGCAGCUGCCGGGCGGCUGGUCGGCCAAGCAGGUCAGGAAGCUGCUCAAGGACCACGGCCUGGUGGGCGGCGGCGCCGCCGGCCGCCGCCGCCGCGGGCCCGGCGCGGGGCGGGGCGGCGGCAGUGACGGGGACGACGGGGGGUGGGAGUCUGACCUGGAGGGCGCCGACCCGCUGCUGGAAGCCGAACGGUCGGUGGUUGAGGACCUGUACUGCCGCCACCUGGCGCACAACGACUACCUGGAGAAGCCUUCGUGGGUGGAAGAGAUCCAAUGGUGCCCCCAGGGCUAG